AUGUGGCCUGACAAAUUGAAGCUUUUACAUGUUCCCAGUGUCCCUGGGCGGAGAGACAGUAUUGGACCUCUUCGUGAGAGCGUUUCUCACAAGGUCAAAACAAAGACUGGCUGGGCGACUGUCCCGCGGCUUGCAUCUGACAUCUUCGGCGGUACAUGCUUCAAACCGUAUCAUGCGCGUCUGACGAAGAGGACGAGGUGGCUCUGA